CUCAAAAAAUCCUAUCAUGUUUAAACAAGAUUUUAAGUACUAUAAAUCCAAAAAACCGCCACCAAGCUAUGAAAAUGUUCUUGAUUUCGACUCAGAAAAUAUCCUGCACAAAGUUAUAAAAAGGGAAAGGAUAACAACAAAUUCGAGUCUAUUUGGUCUUAUUCCUACAGAAGAAUGGGAAAUAUACGAUAUUAAAGAAAAUCCUGGUUUAGUUUUUAUAAAAAAUCCUUUUACACGUUUAGGACAACGAUAUUGGAUAACAAGGUGUCUUAAAUCGUAUCCCGAAACACCAAAUAAGACAAAUUUAGAUAUUCACGAUUUAAUACCCCAUAAUGAAACUUGGUGGGAGAGUUCUAAAGGCGAUAAUGAGAUGUUAAAGAAAUUGAGAUGGGCUACAUUUGGUUAUCAUCAUAAUUGGGAUACAAAAAUUUAUUCAGAAAACUCAAAAAGUAUUUUUCCAAAAGAUCUUUAUUUCUUCACCAAGCAUUUCGCAGAAACAUUAAGUUUUAAUUUAUUUAAUCCAGAAGCUGCAAUUGUAAAUUAUUACCAUUUAGAUUCAACAUUAUCAGGCCACACCGACCACUCAGAAAAUAACUUAGAGGCACCUUUAUUUUCGUUUAGUUUUGGACAAACAGCUUUAUUUUUGAUUGGUGGUGAAUCAAUUGAUGUUAAACCUACAGCUUUAUAUCUAAAAAGUGGGGAUGUGAUCAUUAUGAGUAAAAAAUCAAGAUUGUGUUACCAUGGAGUCCCCAAAAUAUUAAAUUGUGUGAAUAAAAGUUGGAAUUUAAACGAAAAUUUUGAUAAAGAUGAACUGAUAGAAGAUUUUAUAGAUAAAAAUGUUUUAAAUUUAUGUUGUGAUAAUGAUAAAUGGGAGCGAUUUAAUAACUACAUAAAUAAUUCGAGGAUAAACAUUAAUAUAAGACAAGUUUUAAGGAAAGGGGAAAUAAAAGUAAAUAAAUGAAUUGAACAAACUAAA